AUGAUCAAUUUUUCUAUUAUUUCAAUUUUCUUUGUUUUAAAUUUUGUUGAAACAAAUUAUUUGGAUUUAAUUAAAGUUAUUGAACAGUAAGAUUUUUCAUUGUUUUCAUGUAUUUUUGAAUUUUUAAGAAACAUCGAUGAGUCUGUAAAUCCUUGUGACAAUUUCUAUCGUCACAGUUGUUUCUAUGAUCCAUCUGAUAAUAACACUGAAACUUUACGGGAUUAUUUUUUGAAUAUUUUCAACGAAGAUGCCUUGAAUUUUGAUUAUCCAUCGAACGUCUCAUUUCUCAAGGUAGAGUUUGGCUUUUAAAUUUUUUCGAAAAAAAAUUCACGUUCCAGAAUAUAAAAAUAAAUGAUUCUCAACUAACUUUCCUCGAUUUCCUUCAAGAUUUCACUCAAAAAGACGCAAUUUCUUCCAUUUCUCAAGAUUAUUAUAAAAGGUAAGAUUUGAAUGUUUUACCAAAUGUGAACUAUGAAUUUAAUUCAGUUGUGUAAAUCAACAACACAACAAGUCUCAAUAUAUCUUAUCAUCUUUGUUCGAAUCAUUCAAUAAUUCAAAAAGUGAAAUGGAACCAUUGUACAAUUUUUAUAACUUGAAAUUCGAUUUGAAUUGUACAAGAGCUUCGAAGAAUUUGAAAUUACAAUUAGAAAAUGUUUGGAUGGAAAGAAUGAAUGUGAGUUAUAUUGAAUUUUAAAAAAUAAUGGUACUUUUUUUUUUUAGAAAAAUGGAAUAUCUCAAAAUUUCAUUGAUAGCGUAUUAACAAGUCUUCGAGCAUAUCAUUUUUAUCGGAAGAAUCAAAAAGUUCUUAACCAAACCAAUGAAUUGUUUGAUGAGAUAAAAGAAGAACUUGUGAGACAAAUUGAGAAAACUGGAUGGCUCAACACUUCAGACAGUUUUGAUGCAUUUCUCAAUAUCACACAUCAAGUCAAAUUUUGUGAUCCUGCUGAAGAAGUGAUUGGUGAUGUAGAUCCAAGUUUUGUGAAGGCAAAUGAUAUUGUUGAAAAUUGCACGCGGUAAUUUAUUUGACAGUUUUCUUAAUAUUAAAAUUCAUUCCUCAGAAAUUACAAAAUUGAAUCAUUAAAAAUGUUAUGUUAUUUGAAAAUUAAUCUGGUUAACAGUCCAAUUCCCCAAAAUAUAUUUAAUGCUCUUAACUUUCAUCCACUCAUAACUAUAACAGUUCCAAUGCUCCAUAUUAUGUCUCUAAAUAUACCAAUGGCUUUUAAGGUAUGCUUUCUUUUCUUAAAAUUAUAAGCUUAAAACGAAAAGAAAGAUUUCAGUAUGGAAUUGUUGGUUUCACAUUGGGUCAUGAAAUCGGACAUUCCGUUGUCAAAAGUUUAAUCGAUCCAGCAUUUAUACCAUAUUUCCCAGAAAAUAUCAAAAAUUGUAUACAAAAUCAGUUCAACAGUACUUGCCAUCAUUUUAAUGAGGUUUGUAGUCUCAAAACAAAAAAAAAAUAUCAGGAAAAAAAAAAUGAUUUGAGGGAGUUUGUGAAACUGUUGAUGAGCGAUUUGAUGAGAAUGGAUCUGAUAUUUUUGGAGGUCAAGUCGCUUAUAAAUUAUUCAAACGAAAAUAUGGGAACACCACAAAUGUAUUUUUUGUUGGAAAAUUUAGCAUGGAAUUCUUAUGAAUAUUUUUUUCAGGAUCUAGUCGAAGGUUCGAAAAUGACUAAUGAGCAAUUAUUUUUCUAUGGCUUAAAUAUUAUACUUUGCGAGGUUAUUAAAAACUACAAGAAUAUUUUUGAUACGUUUUUUCAGAGAGGCAAUUCAGUUUCACACGAAGGAAAUCCACAUCAUGCAAACGUAGCAAGAACCAAUGGAGGUUUCAUUCAAAUUCCAGAUUUUGAAGAAGUUUUCAAUUGUAAGAAAGAUGAUGCGAUGAUUCUAUCAAAAACGGUUAGCUUCUUAUUCAACUAACAAAAAAACAAUGUUUUUCAGAAACAAUGCUUCAUUUUUGGUGAAAACGCCGGGGAUGAACAAUGA